GCACAUGCAAGCGUCUCUCCUGACUGCAUGUACAUGCAUGACUGACUGCACACACUGACGAAUGGACACUGCAGCUCAUAUGUAAAGCCAACGAGUCAAUGAAUCAGUCAUCAAUCAAAAGAUCAAACGGCACUCGCAAACACACACAGACAGACAUCAGCAGACAGACACCUUAUGGACUUGUGUGUGUGUGUGUGUGUGUGUUAGCUUAUCUGUGCGUGAUUGAGUGAGUGGGUGUUUGUCUUCAGACGCCAAACCAACGCCACCUUGUUGACACAUGGGUGCAUUGUUCCUGUGGGCUCUGCAGCCACCUGACGGGUCCAAGCACAGACACACACACACACACACAGACAUACAUACAUACACACCAGAUCGAUCACGUCUCUCUCUCUGUCGCUGACUCUCUGUUUGACUGACGGUGCUGCGGGAGCUGUGGGAGUCGUUGAGGCGCUCGUGGUGGACGACGUGAGCUCGGCCGUGGCUUGGUAGACGGCGGUCAGGAUAUAAGAUGUAGGCAGCAGUCAGAGACAUAACCAGUCAGAGACAUAAGGGUGUGGAGCGGCGGAUGAGUGGUCCUUCUGCACACACACACACACCCUUAGUUUGUGAUGAUGAGCCAUUGUGUCUGUCUCUGAGCCAAACCUCUUUUCUUUGUUUCUGCAGUUGGUCUGGUGGUGCAUGUCCUGCUCGGCUUCGGCCAGUCGGUUCGGCGACAUGGGGAAGUAGUCCAGGACGACCUUCUCCAUCUCCACCGGCGUGUACGUCUUGUGUCUCCACCAUCGCGAGGAGCUGAAUGCAAGACACAAAAGAACAGACACAAAGAGACAGACAGACAUGAGAACGAGGGACAGUGGGAGCCUUUCUUGUCGCCUGUCAACUGCUCACCAGCGCGAGCCCAGCAGUGACAAAGUUGUGCUGUUGGCCGUCAGCACUGGGCCUCCCACAUGUCUGCCGAAGGAGGACACUCGCAAACACAGACAGACAGACAGCACAUGGACUUGUGUGUGAGUGUGUGUGUGUGUGUGUGUCAGCUUAUCUGUGUGUGAUGGAGUGAGUGGGCAUUUGUCUCCAGACGCUCGCCAGAGUUUGCCGGUCGAUUGCUGGUUAUACAGGCACACAUAGGGAGAGACGACAUGCAGUUGUUCUGUUUGUCUGUCUGUCUGUCUGUCUGACAGUUGCUCAAACACGACAGUUGCAGUGGAUGCACCGGGAGUAUUGAGUGGAGGCAGCGAUGUUGGAGUGAGGCUUGACUGACCAACGAGGUUGGCUCUGCAGCCAUCACAAACACACACACACACACACACACAUGAGUGUCUGCCUGUCUCUCUCUUUGUUUGUCUCGGUGUUUGACUGACGGUGCUGAGUGAGUCGUCGAGGAGCUCGUGGACGGACGUCAGCUCGGCCGCUUGAGAAGGUGACGGUCGGGAUAUAACAUGAAGGCAGCGAUUGUCGUGCUCGGUCUUGGACCCGCUCGCCGGUCUGUUGGUUUUGUCGUGGUCGUUCUUGGACCCGUUCUGCCGGACUGGGUGUGUUCUCCUGUCUCUGAAGCAAACACACAUUUGGCACAUGCACGAGUGCGUGUGUGUUCUUUGCUUCUCCUUGUUGUCCCUCCGCCGAAGAGCUUGGCGUUGUCUUCGAGGACUCCGUCUGUGGCUGCACAAAACUCACAGAAAUCGUAAUGUCGAUAUGUAUCUGUGGAGUAUUUGCUCCCUCUUUUGCGUCUUCGGUGUCGGUCUCCGAGGUCCGUGUCGACGAGUCCUGCUGCUGCUGCGCAUGUACAGACACAGGGAUAUUGAUAUGUACGUGUCUGUCUUUGGGCUUAGCUCUGUGUGUUUCCCCUUUGGAGGUCCCUGUGACGAAGGGCGUCUCCCCGUGGUCCUGCAUACUUACAUCAAGCCACACAGGAACAGUGAUUUGUAUGUGUUGUUCCUUCCGUGUGCUGUGGGUCCGCGUGUGUGGCGACGUCUCCUCCCCGUCGGUGAGGGCGUCUCACUCCGAACCGGCAACGGGCCCUGCUGCGCACCUACUACUUUGACCGACACAGGAGGAAUGCUUAUGUGUGUUAGUUGUGUCGUCUCUUUCGUGUGUGUUGUGUGUGGCUUCCUGUAAUCUUGUGCGCCUGGCGCCGCUGCCAUGUUGUCGUUGUCGUGGUCGGUCUUGGACUCGCUCGCCGCUGCCGUCAGCCACAGGAUGCCGAGGAGGUAGAGGGCGGUCUUCAUCGUGCUGCGCUUCGUUGCUGUCUGCAUUGG